UGUCAAAAAAGGCAAAAAAAAGAAGGCGGAGGGGCUUGUCAUUGUCAAGUGAAGAAGAUGAGAAGGAAUCCAAGAAACAAGAUCUCACCAAGAAUAACAAAAGUAGCAGGGGGAAGCCAGAUUUAAAAAAUCAGGAGAGAUUUGAAACAAAACCAGAAAAAAGUGCAUUUCCUUCCGUUAAAGAUGUUCCCCAAAGUACUCGCCAGAUUAAAAAGCCUGUCUACAGGCUGGCAAAAACAAAAGAAAAAGACCAGGAAUCUGUUAAAAAAGAAGAAGAAAGAACAAAAAAAAAACAUGCCUCUCCACCAGACCUUGGGGGGAAAUUCUCUAGUAAAGCAAAAAAUGACAUUUCACGGAAAGAUAAAACUGUCAGUGGGAGUAAAACUGAGGAAGCAGGACCCUCAAAACACUUGCAUACUUCAGGUGCAGUUCCUCAGGGGACAGAGAAGACAUCUAAAGGCAGCUUGGAUGAGAAGUCUUCCCAGGGGACCCCAUCCAAAUUAAAAAAGCACCUAAUGAGUCCCAGUUUGGUUUGUGCUGAACAGAACGAACAGGGGAAGAAUGAACUGAAGAAGUACAGAGCCAAGGAAUCACAGAGGACUGAAAAUGAUAGCAAAACUGUCAAGACCAAGGAACCUAGCAAUAAUUCCUCCGUAUCCAAGGAUUCUGCGUGGGAGCAGAAGAGUGACGUCUUCAAGAAGAUGUGCCAAAGGCAUGAAGAAAACAAGGCCAAAAAGAGCAUGUGGAUAGAAGUUGAAACUCCCUUUGCCUCUACAACAACAAAGUCCUCCACUACCUCUACCUCUGUUAGUAGCUCAAAGGUGGUGAAAAAAGUCACAUUGGGGUCACAAAAGCCAUCAUCUUCUCAGGAACAAGUAUAUGCAGCCCCACCAUUUGUGCCUUUUAAAUUUAAGAUACCAAAAAAAGUUAGACCAACUCCAGUAGAAAGCACUGUUGAAAAGAAAGAAGCAAAAACUACAAAGAAAGGUCUUGAACCUGUGCCUGAGCUUCCAGAAACUGCAGCAUCAAGCAGCAAAUCGGGGGAGAAAACUGUUCAGCAAGCUCCCGUCUCUCCAGAUGUUACACCUAGUGUUUCAUCUGAAGGACAAGAUGAAGGCCCACCUUUGGCAGAACAACUUCCAAAUACGUUUCAUACUGUCCCAGCGCCGUGGUAUGACCAGAUGCAAGUGGUCGAAGAGCUUCAUCUUGCUCGCUCUCAGAAGAGAUUGGAGGUGAAUGUAAUGCAAAGCUAUGGGGAUCUCACCUGUAUGGACAUAGACCCUCCAGAAGAGGGCGGUGCAGACACACACUGUAAACAACCUAACCAGCAAUACCUCAUCCUCGUCAUGGACACCAACAUUCUCCUCAGUCACCUGGAUUAUAUCAAAAAGAUCAGAAUGAACGGCCUUGGAGACCUGGGCUUCCCGAUAGUCCUGAUCCCCUGGGUGGUGCUUCAGGAGUUGGACUCCCUCAAACGAGGGAGGGGUCUGUCAGGGUCUGUGGCCCACCUCGCUACUCCUGCCAUCUCGUACAUUUACAACUGCUUAAAGAGCCGGGCACCUUUCCUGUGGGGGCAGUCUAUGCAGCAGGCCAGCGAGAGCAACAAUGGUCUGAAUGCCGAGAAUAAUGAUGAUCGGGUGCUGCAGUGCUGCCUGCAAUACCAGAGUCUGUACCCAGAGUGUGCUCAAAUCCUAUGCACGAAUGAUAAGAACCUGUGCAGUAAGGCCCUCCUGAGUGGAGUGAAGGCCUUGUGCAAGAUUGAUCUGGAGGCAGAGGUUGGGAGAUCCAAACAUGGCUUUCACCCUCCGCAAAAUGUCGGCCCUCAGGUCCCAUCAGCAAUGCAAAACAGGAUCUACGCACCAGUCCAGCCACGCAUGCAAAGGACAGUACUCCAUACUGUAGAGGAGAACGAUAACAAGCGAGGGGACGAGAGGCCAGUGUGGGACCCCAGCAGUGUUUCUGAACUAGAACAGUGUCUGCUCGACGUGCUGUCAGAUGUGUUGGAGGUGGAGAUGAAGGCCGCUUUCGAAGACAUUUGGCUAGAUAUAGUUUACAUAAAACCUCCAUGGACUCUUCUAGAUGUUCUGAAAUGUUUUAAAAAGCACUGGAUUGCAGUCUUUGGGAACAUUGUCCCACGGAGGAAACAGCAAACUGUUUCAACCCUCAUCAACUUUUUCAAUUCAGGUGGCACAUCGCACUGUAGAGAUGCAUCAGCACUCCUCCGAGAUGCUAAGGAGCUUGUGAAAGCAUUUGGGAAAAGGUCAAGACGCGUUUCCCCUGCCAUCUCCAGAAUGGACAACAUUUUCAAUAAGCGACAACCACAGUGGGAAUCUCCUGCCAUCGAUGUUGUCAUGAAUGAAGAUGAUGAGUAUCAUGAUGAUGAAGAAGAAGCGGAACAACCCACGCCUGCUCCUUUCUCGCACCAGGAAGUGUGGGCCCUGUUUGAACACCUCUGGUCUUAUGUGUUUCAGAUGAGCUGGGAAGUGUUCAAAGCUCUGGGCUUUGACCCUAACUCCAUGCAGAGCGCUCAGCCGGGGGGGGGUCCUGCGCCACCACAGGACGCCGUGGACUGUCUGCACAAUCUGUGCUGCAUAGUCUCACAGCUGCUCCAGAUCUUCAGCAGGUAUCUCAGCCCACU